AUGGAGCACAGUAUCGUCCCAGAGGCUGUAAUCCCUGUUGAAGCAACCCUUCUAGCUCUUGCUGUCGUCAUAGCGUCCGGCCGUUUGGUUCCUCAACUCGUUCAGCACCACCACCUUACAAUCAGCGACCAGUUUUUGAUUGCCUCAAUUUUCAAUGCGGUCGCACUCUUCACCACUGAUGUAAUUACGUACAAGCUGGGUGGUAUGUCAGAUGACAUAGAAGGACCGGAGCCAUCGAUAGCUCAGGCAACUGCUCUGAAGAAGGUACAAUUUGCAGGCAACUACUUUUACGACACAGGUAUAUACCUACCGAAGCUUGCGAUCCUCUCGCUCUACUUCCGGCUCUUCCCUCCUACAAUGCCAUGGCUGCGGAAAGCCCUGUAUACCAUAUCGGUCUUCACAGCAUCCGCAAUGAUCACGACGUGCCUUCUGGAUACCUUCUGGUGUGGCCAGAAAGUCUCCGUCAACUGGUCUCUUGAUGGGGAUGCUUGCAGUACGUUCAGCUCGAAAAUCGUGUUCAGAGUCGACUGGGUGAUGAAUGUCGUGACGGACGUGCUCAUCUCUGUACUACCAUUCCCAAUGCUCUACCAGCUACGACUUAACCGGCGUCAGAUAUGGGGUCUAGUCGCAACCUUCUCUCUGGGCGCCGUCACCAUCGCUGUGAGCGUCGCUCGUUUCGCUACGAUAGAGGUCAUUCAGGCUUGGACCAACGUCUUUGUGCUUUCCAUGGCAGAGAUUGCUGUUGCUAUCAUGGUGGUGUCUCUACCGUCAAUGAGAGCAUAUAUCAGACGAGGCGGCAUUUUCGCGUCAAGACGAAGGUACGGCUCGUCGUCUUCCAAUCCUCAUCGAACGCCAGUUUCUCGAUCAGAGCAUCUCAAACUCUCGUCCAACGACAGAAGCAAGACGAGUGCUCGCUCGCGCUUGGAAGAAGAAGACUCAGGGAGUGAAGUUGAGCUGAAUGUCUUAGGCAGAAAAGAUGUUAUCUACGAGACCCGACGGGUCAGCGUACAGUUCUCUGAAUCGAAUGAAGCUGAGGUUACGCAUAGCAAGAAACUUUUUUAG